UGGCAACAUUGGUUCCGAUGCUCUGUGAAGCGUAUGACCAGGUCAGCGACUGUUUCAAAACCGAUGGUCCACAAGGUGUUGCCUACGACCAAUAUCCAAAGUUUCAAGACUUUAUGCACUAUAUGUCGAACAUUAUGCAUAAUAAAACGCUUCUAACAGACUUUGUUGGAUCGGUUCCUGAAUUGGAGGAGCUGCUUGAAACUGGUGUGACAGUACUGGACGUUGGAUGCGGCAAAGGAAGAGCUCCAAUGAUAUUAGCACAAAAGUUUCCGCGCAGUUCCUUCUACGGUAUUGACAUCUCUGCCAGCGCCAUCAGUGCGGCCCAGAUCGAGGCUGAAGAAAUGAGCCUAACGAACAUACACUUUCAGGUUCACGACGCAGCGUCCCUGCCGUGCGACUGGACAGACAAGUUUGAGUACGUCACCGCGUUAGACUGCAUCCACGACCAAGCCGAGCCACUGCAGGUGCUUCACGAAAUCCGCCGAGUGUUGAAACCUGGCGGCACCUUCUCCAUGCUAGAAAUAGCAGGAAGCAGCCGCCCUAAUUGCAACAUUGGUAACCCCCGUGCGAUCGAUGGUUAUGUCAUCAGCCUCUUUCAUUGCAUGCCCGUAUCGUUGUAUUUCGAUGGCGGCAAAGGCCUCGGCACAAUGUGGGGGCGUGAAAACGUUUUGCAAGUUCUUGAAGAGUGUGGAUUCAGUGAAAUUAUUGUACGUAAAAGCAGGGACAGCUUUAACUACCACUUUGUCUCAAAAAGUCACAAGUGUCCAGCUCAUUAGACAUAAUUAUCAUAUAUUUUACGCACGCACAUUUACACGUUACAAGCAUUGUUACAUUGAAACUAUACACGCUAAAGCUUAUCCAAUACUUACAUAUCCGAUUUUGUAGAAGUAUCCUCGCACGGCACUUCCUGCCCACAUUGUUCCGCGCCCGAGUUCCGCGAUAGAUGCGCCGACCACUCGUUGCGGAGUCGAGGGGGGGGGGGGUAGCACGUUCUUCCAAACUCUUGUAGAUAGCAGAAGAACUACUUUAUUAUUUAUUUAUAUUUUUUUUACACAAAUUCCCCAAUUUCACAUUAGUUGUAUAUAGAUUAUAUCUGAAAUUCAACGUUAAUGUCAGACUGUGUUAAUCAUUGUUAUGUAUUUCUUUUUCUUGUUUAUUCAUUUAUUUAUUAUGAAUUAUUUGUAUAUUUGUAUAUAUUUUGUUAUUGUUACCAUGCCUAUUUUUGGAUAUUGUGCUUGUUGACCACAUCUUUGUAAUAUUAAUUUUGUACAGUUUUUCUCAAUUGUUUGUCUGAACUGCCAUGAUGUUAGUUUUUUUCUUCUCCUGAAUCGAGUUGACUCCCGAUAUAUUGUAUACGUUGAACUCAGGUGAACUGGUCCAUGCCUGAGCCAUGUGUAUGUGCAACAGAAUACUAUUUCGGCUAUUUGGGUCUACAUUUGCCCAAAAACACAACGAAUUUAGUUCCGGUCAAAUAUUGAUGAUUUCUCGAGAAACUGUUUAGGCAGAAAUUGUCAAAGAAAUAGCCGAGCGUCGAUAUCACACUUUAUCGACGGCUGAUUCCUGGGACCUGGCAGGCAAAUUGUAUCUAAGGAGAUAUUAUUGCUUUCGGAUUAUCAAUUGUCAACAAAUGUGCAAGUAUCAUGCUAUAUAUAAGUGCCAGUGGUUUACGUGAAUUCUGAGUCAGUAUUUAUUUGAUAGUCCACGUGACAGUAUUAUGUAAGCUUUUACUUCAAAGACAUUCCAAUUAAAUAAAUGAACAAUUUACCCUUAGAUAAUUAUUUUCUCUAAAGAAACAACGUUGCAUAUGUAGCGUAUGCAGCUUGGGAGGGGGGAAUUGUUAUUUUCUACCACACCCAAAAUUUUGUUCUGUUUAAUAAAAGUAAACACGAACGUGUACUUUGUUUCUAGACUUUAGUCUUAACAUGUAAGGUUCACAGAAUGUUUAAUAUCACAUACAUCUGUAUUAUAGAUACUAGUUUGAUUCCGUUAUGUAUAAAUACAAACUGCCAUAA